UCUGGUGGGCCUCGUGUCAGGCAGUGGGUCGGUCAUUCACACACGCGGGCUGCUAUGCGAACGGCACCACGAGGUUAGGAGUCACUCGCCACGAGUCCAAGCGUGUUCGACAUAACCGAGAAUCAAAAUCACGAGACUCGUCUGUCGUCGUAGAAGCUAAACAAAUUCGAUGCCCAAAUAUAUGCCAUGAACUUAAACAAGCGCGCUUGCUCUCGAAAGAAUCUUCAAAAAUUUGGGAACACUAUGACCAUACAAUUGUAAGGGCGACAGACCAGGAUCAGAUCAGAAAGGUUUGCAUCUCAGGCUUGACAUCCUCCGCGAAAGUGGACACCCAGGGAUCUGAGGCGAAUCGUGAUACACGAGAAGGAGAGGAACGAGGGUGGCUAUGGCAGAGCUUCUCUUGCGAGGAGUUGCAAGCUGCCGUGGGAGUCUCUGUAGAUCACCAUUAGACGUGCAUGUUCAAAUCGAAAAUCCCAGCAACAGACGGCACUUUGUGUCCCCUCGCGCUUCCGACACCGUCAAGGAUGAUGAAGUGAAGUCACAACCAAGGUGGCCACAAAGAGUUUGCGCUGUUGUGGCGGCAACAUUGCUCACUCUCACACCGCAGAGCUCCUAUUCAAAGCCAUUUCCAUGGCUGGAGAUGGUGACCGUGGGACCUGCAUCAGCAAAUGGUCUGCUGCAAAUGCCUCCACGAGAGCUCAAAAAUCGGUACUUUCUUGUGAGGUCUGGAUUGUCCAACUAUGAGAGCAUGGGACUUAUCAACACAAAUCCUGUGUCAAAGACAUCUGUGGAUAACGGACUCUCGCCCGAAGGCCUCCGACAAGCUGAGAAGGCGGCACAUCAGCUCAAGGACAUCGGAGCCUGUGAAGACAGCUGUUGGAUUUGGCCAUCCAUUACGAUGCGAGCUUACCAAUCUGCUGAGCUGAUCGCUUACAUCAACAACAUAACUUACAGUCGUAUAGUGCCGGAGUACAGUUUUUUAGAUGCAAGAGGAUUAGGAGCUUAUGAAGGCCGCAAGUUAUCGACGGUAGACGAGAUAUAUGCAGGCGAUUCAGAGUCAGUGAUGGUGAAACCACCACCUUUCACCGAUGGAACUCCCAACGAAAGCGUCACGGAUGUACUGGUACGACUUACGCAACUGAUGUCUAUAUUAGAAACUCAAUAUUACGGGGACGCAGUCGUCAUCGUGUCACCGGACUCGGACAACCUUUCCAUACUUCAAGCCGCCUUGACCGGCCAGGAUCUAAGAAGGCAUAGCAGUCUCGCAUUUGCCCCAGGGGAAGUCAGGCGAAUUGACGCCAGCGACCUUCCUGCCCCACGACCUCUCUUCUCUGGACAGCUCAAAUGCGCUACCUCAAACUGUAAAUAGGAGGAGCAAAUAUUCCAAACUUCUGAACGAGGACUGUACGAGAUUUGUAGGUCAACAAGAUGUAUAUCUGUUAUGGACUAUGAGAACGUGGACUGCAGUCACUGGACCGUGACCGUAUGCUCCAGCACAUUUGCCGGACUCUUGACCAAUCUCCAUGUAUAGAAUAAAUGUAUAUUCAAAUGUUA